UUCCUUUGCUUUGAUUGGCUGCGGAACAAAUACCGUGGCGGUUCAUAGUUUUUAGGUUAGCAGCUGCAGAAACAAAAACAUGUCGGAUCCUACGGUUGCAGACACCCGUCGAUUAAACUCUAAACCUCAGGAUCUGACAGAUGCAUAUGGCCCCCCAAGCAAUUUUCUUGAAAUCGACGUUUAUGAUCCACAAACAGUUGGAGUUGGGCGGAACCGAUUCACCACCUAUGAAGUGCGAAUGCGGACAAACCUGCCCAUCUUCAAACUGAAGGACUCUGUUGUGCGAAGAAGGUACAGUGACUUUGAAUGGCUGAAGAACGAGUUGGAGAGAGACAGUAAGAUCGUGGUUCCUCCGCUCCCAGGAAAAGCUUUAAAGAGACAGCUGCCCUUCCGAGGAGAUGAGGGUAUCUUUGAGGAGGCCUUCAUUGAGGAGCGGAGGGUGGGCUUGGAGCAGUUCAUUAACAGACUCGCUGGUCAUCCCCUGGCCCAAAACGAGCGGUGUCUCCACAUGUUCCUCCAGGAUGAGUCCAUAGACCGGAACUACAUUCCUGGAAAAGUGAUCCGUCAGACAGUGGAAUGAAAUACUCCAAAUUGCUUGGAAAUGGCUUUGAAAUCCCGACUCAUGAACAUCAAUGUGUUACCAAACACCCAUAUGGUUGAAACCAAAUCCGACCAAGUUUCUAAUCUUUAAGGAAGAAUGGACACACCCUCCCAAAUCACACACUAAUCAUUUUCAAAUCAUUUGCACCUGUUUUUGUGCAACAAACUCAUUGUAUGUGAUGGUAAAGGGGUGUACUAACUAUUUCUACGUAAGGAAAUGGCAUUUCAGUGCAUUUCAAUUGCCUAAAAGGUUUGUGGUACUUUGUUAAAUUGGGUGGGUUGCCUUUAUCAGUGAAUUUGUUUUGGAUAGCUUCGAUAUCCAUGUGUCCAAAUAUGUAUUAAAAGCCAAAGAUAACCAGGGUGUGUACUAACUUUUCACAUGAACGUAUAGACAUAUACCACAUGCACGCACAAAUAUGACCUCAGCAUUCAAGACUCGGGCACUUAUCUAUAUUUUACAAAUGUUGUGUUUACUAAAAGCAUAAUUGAGUGGAAUUAAGAUAAUCAUGCACAAUGUACAUGCAUAAUAUUUGUGUAAAAAUGUUCUCAUCAAUUUAAUUGUGUAAUUUGGGAAGAUACUGUACAUUUCUGUUGUAGUUUAAGGAACCUGGGUAGAUACUGUUCUUUGUAUCACAGGUUUUUGUGUCUUACAAUGUUUUUCCCCUUU